AUGUUAACUUUGCCUUAUAUCAGUGACACUGGUACAGCAGCUCCAGAAAAAUACUUGUGUGGGGCAAUGUUAAAUGUCACCACAGUUUUAUGCGUUGCUACCAUUUAUGUUCUUUAUAAGCAAGUUCAAGCUCCGAAUCCUGAAGAAAAUCAUAUCAUCAUGUUAAACAAAGCUGGCCUUGUGCUUAGAUUACUGAGUUGUUUGGGACUUUCUGUUGUGGCAAACUUCCAGAAAACAACCCUUUUUGCUGCACAUGUAAGUGGAGCUGUACUCACUUUAGGUCUGGGUUCAUUAUAUAUGUUUGUUCAGACUAUCCUUUCCUACCAAAUGCAGCCCCAAAUUCAUGGCAAACAAGUCUUCUGGAUCAGACUACUGGUGGCUAUCUGGUGUGGAGUCAGUGCACUUAGCAUGCUGAUUUGCUCAUCACUUUUGUACAAUGGCAAUUUUGGCACUGAUACAGUACAGAAACUCCAUUGGAACCCUGAGGACAAAGGUUAUGUGCUUCACAUGAUCACUACUGCAGCAGAAUGGUCCAUGUCAUUUUCCUUCUUUGGUUUUUUCCUAACUUACAUCUGUGAUUUUCAGAAAAUAUCUUUACGAGUGGAAGCCAAUUUACAAGGAUUAACCCUCUAUGACACUGCUCCUUGCCCUAUUAAAAAUGAACAAACUCAACUACUUUCCAGAGAUUUAUGA